AUCAAUUGGGUCGUGAUAGCCGGUAGGACAGUAUUUUCUUGCACACCACAGGUUGAGGAACGUCUAAACAUCCAUUUUUCUAUCCGCUCUUUACUUCAUAUUGAUCGCUACUGUAGCUGAUAUGUGUAACGAUUACAACCAGGACGUUAUCUAUUCAAAAUGAGAUGUCAUUAGCUUCUGUCCAGAUCUUUCUUAACGCAUUCCUCAACUAAAAACAAUAAUACGAAUUAUAUCUCAUAUUACACGAUAUAUUACCUUAGCAUACCUCUAUAAUGAGUUUACCUCAACUGCCAUUGCAGAUUAUCAAUACAAUUAUAAAAAGAAAUUUUAAUUGUACCGUUGAAAUGACAGCAUGCAAGUUUUGAAGACAAACUAGCAAGAAUCUGAUCAAUCACAUAGGUGUGUAUUCCGCUGUGAGAGAUGGAGGCUAUGGUGUGUAUCUUUUUAUAGAUUCCUUUCUGAGGGCCACGGGAUCAAUAAGCAGUAAUUAAGUAGCGUUCAUGUAAUCUUCUUCAUAAAUACUUGACAUACUUUUGGAAGAGUUAUAAAAAAAACCAGAGCCAUGUUUUCGGCAUUUUCCUCUGGAGGCAGCUGCAGAUGGCACUCAAACAUCACCAGAGAACCCUUGCACGAGUCGAACAGUCCAGAAGCAAUACUCGAAACAACCACUCUUGUGGUUAUCAUGAUUGCCUCGUUCUUUGCGAACAUUUUGGCGAUGACACAGAUACUGACAUCCCAGAAGACAAAACACCAUCACAGUCUCCUGAUCGCCAACCUUAACAUCAUCGACCUCGGUGUUGUGCUCUUCAGCAUGAGUUUCUCUGUCGUCGCCGUCAUUGAUGGUGGAACCCUUCUUUCUACCAACGCAACGGUCUGUACGAUUAAUGGCUUCUUCGCUACAACUUGCACAAUUGGCAACUUCAUCAAUGUCAUGUGUAUCGCCGUGGACCGAUACCUCUCCAUCGUCUGGCAAGCCCGUUUCCCGCCAACUAGACGUCGGAUGUAUUUGACCAUUAUUUUCGUAUGGGUUACUUGUAUCUCCAUCGGAUUGCCUCCUGCAGUCGGUGUUCUAACCACUUAUGAAUACACCGAGCAUACACACCAUUGUUCUCCUAAGUGGGGUGUUGAAUCGUGUGUCUAUUAUACCAUCUGGGCCACAGUCAUUUUCGUAAUCACCGUCCCUGUGAUGAUCAUCUGCUAUGUAUGCAUCAUAUAUCACAUCCUAAAGAGUGACCGGAAGUUGCGUUCCUUUGACGCAACAAGAAGAGCCACAGUAGUGAACGAUGAAUCUAAGAAAUUCUCUGCGUCACACGCCCAUGGAAAGUACCGGGUGAAUGUAAACCAAAGGCCGCAUUGUUACGAGUGUUCAUUUCCAAGUACUCAAAUUGAGCUUACGAAUGGUGUCAACAGUGCUGAUAAUUAUCGGGGAAAACGUGACGAUCUCCCAAUUACCGCAAUAGAAAAUUAUGGAUUUCAAGGCGAUGAACCUGCACAUCACGUUAACACGAAGGACGAACAAUUGGUGAACACCAUGACGUCAGGGCCAUAUACCAUAUCCGGUCAAAUUGAUGAACAUACUGGUGUCACCCAGCAACUUUCGGAUUCCAAUCAGCCAAAGAACUGUUCUUCGUCGAGCAUAAACCCAUCGUCGUCAGACAGUGGGGAGGACAGGAGCAGCGGCAAUAAGUUAUCAAGAAAGAAACGAAGAUUAAGCCGAGAAAAACGAGUUGCCUUAGUGGGAGCAAUGUUGGUACUCACUACCAUUCUUUGUUGGACACCCUACAGCGUCACCCACUUUUGUCCCUUUGAAAUCAGCGUCAGUCAUCCCUUUGCUGUUACGACCAUGUGGGUAGCCUACCUAAACUCCUUACUGGAUCCUCUGAUCUAUGUGUUCAUGAACAGAAAAGAGAGGACCAUUCAACACGUAAGCAGAAUCUUGACAGCUUUCUGUCAUUUUCCCGUGGAUGCCUGGAGACGACUUUGUGGCAAAGAAGGUACUAACUGAGUUCCUUUCCUAAGUUUUGACAAUUCCAGUGUACCAUCUCUAUGUCGGUUGACACGGAGAGGAUUUUUUUGGAAACUCUUUUCCGGCAACGUUGUACAUACAACCGCUCGGUGAUACAUGGCUUUGGAGCCCCGGGGUUUUAUGGAUGAAAAAACUGGAAGAUCAAAUAAGAUGCAUAGACUAUGUGUCCUAAUAUUUUUACAAUGAUUUCAUUUUUGAAAUAGUAUCAUAUGUUUUCUGUGGAAUGGAUAAGUCUCUUGCCAUUGAAACACAGAAACCGGAGUUCGAACUCCACCGCAGCAAAGGCGUCCUUUGACAAGGCGUUUAUCUACAUUUGACACUAUCCACCAAGGAGUGGUUAAUGAGCACCCGAUAGGAAGCAAUUCCUCGAUUGCUUGGGCGCCAAGGCAACCCUUGCAGCUAAAAGUGGGGUAAAAUGUAUAGUUUGUUCACUAUUGACUUACCCUAUUGAAGUUGUUGAUGAAGUCACUAGGGCCUUUAUAGCUUACGAACAGCUUGAAACAUCCAUUCCCUUCCUCCCUCCAUCCCCAAGUAUUUGAUUCAUGAAACCAUAGGCGAUCUUUCAUUUCGCAAUUGAGAACCCUGACAAGAGCUGGCAUAAGACCUAGCAGAGAGAAAGUACUUUUGCCAGACGUCCUUUUUUCGAAAUUGUGAAGGCUCAAACUCGGAAUGGGGGGGGGGGAACCCUACCGCUUAUAUCAUGGAUAUAUCCAACAAGUACGGAUGCAAAUCGCAAGCUGAAGAUUGACCUUAGAGAAUCGAUACUGUUUUGAUACAGCUCCAUAUCAACAUACCUCGAAAAUAGUUAACCAUGCACUAUCUCACCUCACCUCCUGGAAAAACAGGUUUUUAUUUAUUCUAGCCAUAGAAGUUGUAAUUUG